GCACUAACAAAAUAUUUUUAGGUAAUGAAGGUUUAGGUGAUGAUUUAUGUGAUAAAUUAGUUGCUGGUUUGGAAGAUGGUUUAGUUGAUUUAGUUGAAGGUUUAGUUGAAAGUUUACGUGAAGGGAUUGGCGUGGAUUUUUUUGGUGAAUUUACACUAGCUUUUGGGCCAGGAGAAGGAGUUGGG